CGCCACACAGCCCCACGUUUUUAAAAUGCGACAGUGGUGCUGAACAACGUUCGAAAAUCUGCAUAUCAAAUAUGGGUUGGACAUUAACUAGUAAAAUGUAAGGUAUCCCCUUUUAAUGUAAACACAAUUUAGAUUUUACCUGACUACGACAUGUGCGACUCACCAGAAAAUCACCAGGCUCGUCUGCGAAAUUUGGAAGAGUUGACGGAGUUCACCGAGAACUGCCAGAGACAACUGAAUGAGCUGUUCGAGACGCUGGGAUGGAGACAGGACCAGGAUAACGGCCCAGUUCAGGAGCCGAUGGAGAUGUGCCCCUAUGACCCGAACCACAGAGUGCCAAGCAGGAACAUGGGGAGACACAAAGCCACCUGCCAACUCAGCCAGAUUGGAUACUCCCAUGAGGAACAGGCUGAGAUGUAUGACCCCUCUCUGUGUUAUGAGAAUGCCAGCGUUACCAGCUUCACAAUGGACAAACACACACAGCAACAAGUGAUUCUUCAAGCAAGAGCAAGUGCACCGUCAAUUAGGACAGAGGGACUGUACAGCCAAAGUGAAUACUCCACAGACGCUACAGAAGUUCCUCAGAACCAGAAGCGAGCUAUCUGUGACCUUACUGUGGCAGACCGAUUGGCUCUUUUUGAUCACGUGACAAGGGAGGGCAUCAAACAGAAGGAUCAAGCUGUUGCAACCAACAACGAGGACCUUUAUGUUGAUUUGGUGGCCAAGCUCAAAAAGGGUAACGAUCAGAACGAGCACAAGUCUCACCUGGAGCUGAUGGCUGAGAUGAGGGACUACAAGAGACGGCGGCAGUCUUACAGAGCCAAGAACGUCCAUAACACCAAGAAGUCCUACACUGAGGUGAUUCGGGAUGUGAUUAAUGUCCACUCUGUUGAACUGUCCAGUCAGUGGAAAGAGGAGGAGAGGAAGGAAGAGGUUAGAGAGUCCAAACACGGCCCUCACAGGAGAAGUUCUGAGGGCAGGCGGUCUGCCUCCAUAGAGUCCCGCCAAUCUCACGUCAGCUCCAGGGAUGGAAACGUCUCCCAGCACAAACACCACCGCAGCGAAGAGCGCAGAAAAGACCCCAGUCCAGAGCAGGGCCAGGGGCGCAGCCGAGAGAAGGAGCGCAAGAAGAAGAGAAAGAGGGAUUCCUGCUCGCCGGAUGAGAGACCUCAUGAUCGAAAGAAGAAAAAGAAGAAGAAAAAGGAAGAGAAGUGAUUUUCAAGUUUAGUACUUUGGCUUGGAAAACCAGAGAUUAGGUCAAGGAGCCAACCAAAGCUACGAUCCAGUGUUCAUAAUAGCGUACCACUUAGAAUGUACGCCUUCAUACUAAGUGCCCAAUUCAUGGUUUCAUACUAAGUAGUAUGCAUGUGUCGAAAUUGUAGUUUGACUCACAGACAAAUCUUUCUUUGAUGUAAUCUAAUGAUGAUAUUUUAAAGCAACAGUGCAGCUUUAAACAACUGUCUUAAACUAGAGAGGUUAUUAAAUGCCUGUUGUAUUAGAUUACAGAAUGUAAAUAAACUGUUAGAACACGA